AUGGUUAUGUCCUGGUUUCCUGGCGGGAUGUGGUUCAUUGUGUUAAGUAUGGAACUCGUUUGGACGAAAUAUGAAGGAGGUGAUCUAAGGAGAGCGUUUGAUUGCUAUGUUUACGCGACGGUGGUACGAUGGCACUGCACUGUGUCUGUGUCGGUCGUUGCUCAACUCGAGUCUAUUAAUUUGACUGUAGUAGUAAAAAGUGGUAUCAUAAUAAAUUUGAGACACGUGCCUGGCUCGCCGGCAGUCGCCAGUCGGCACCGAGGAGCGGAAGUGGUUACGUGUGGAGUGGACUCAACAGCGACACUUCUGCACAUUUUAACGACAAACUUUUUCGUUUUGACGACAUGUUUUGAUGAAUAA